AUGGAUUUAAACGCUAACGUAGAAUAUUUGGGUAAAAUGACACCUUUACAACAAAAACCUAAGACUGAAACAGACAUACAACAAAUAAUUAGAAAAAGCCUUAGCACACUAGAAGUUGAUUUAAUUAUAUACAAAGUGAUGGGUGAUUACAGUGAGGCCGAUGGUAUUGCUUUGAAAAGGUUGGCUGAGGAAAGGAAAGCGUGGCGCAGAGACCACCCAUUUGGAUUUGUUGCUAAGCCCACUAAAAACGCUGAUGGCACUCUUGACCUCAUGACUUGGGAUUGUAGCAUUCCUGGCAAAAAAGGGACUUUGUGGGAAGGUGGGCUUUUUCACCUCCGCAUGUACUUCAAACCUGAAUAUCCUACGACUCCACCAAAAUGCAAAUUCGAACCGCCUCUGUUCCAUCCUAAUAUUUUUCCUUCGGGGACUGUUUGUCUUUCGCUUCUGGAUGAGGAAAAGCACUGGCGUCCUGCGGUUACCAUCAAGCAGAUCCUUUUAGGAAUUCAAGAUCUAUUAGACCACCCUAAUCCCAAGGAUCCUGCACAGGCGGACGCAUACACGUUGUUUAUCCAGAACCGGAAGGAUUAUGACUACAGAAUAAAGAAGCAAGCUGAACUCUUUCGUAACCCAAAUCUCUCUUAA